AUGCGCUAUACAUUCACAGCAAGUCUCAUAGCUUUCAUCAGUACUGGAGCCUUUUACUAUUCCUCAUCUCGACCAAAGGCCCUUGAACUCGUCCAAAUUUCAAACACUUGGAUCGAAAACGUCGCCAUCCGUUCCAACGGGGAUCUUCUCAUGACCACAAUUGGAGAAGGAAAGGUAUAUACCUUUUCUCCGACUGCCAAACCUGCUGCAUCCAACCCUAUUUUCAAAAUCGAGGGAGUGAACGCACUAUCUGGUAUCGCCGAGGCUGGCCAAGAUGUCUUUGCUGUGACCGGAGGCAUCUUUGAGGGGAUGUAUCAGAACAACACCAUAAACCUUUCUCUUCUCAAGUUUGAUGGUGAUAGUUUCUCCAUAUCCACUGUCUUUCAAAAGUCCAAGUAUGGGCCGGUCAAUGGUAUCUCGGCCCUUCCACGGCAUAAGCACAUUAUUCUUGCUGCUGACGCCGAACGGGGUGAGAUUCUGAGAAUUGAUACGACUACUGGACAUGUUGAAGUAGCUAUUAAGGAUAAAGCACUCGCUCCUGCCCCUGGCGGACCCUUCCCCGCUGGUGUAAACGGAAUCAAGAUCUUCAACGACUACCUUUACUUUACAAACACGGCUUAUCAGUCCUUUAACCGAGUGAAGAUUGAUGAUAUGGGAAACAAACUUGGCGAUUUCGAGGUUCUUGCCAAGCUUGAAAAGGGUUCCCCUUAUGCCCCAGAUGACUUUGCCAUGGAUCGACAUGGAAACGCGUAUGUUGUUUAUUGGCAGGAUAGGAUUGUCAAAAUCACUCAGGGAGGGAAACAAACUAUUCUUUUGGAUGGACUUCUUGCCGGUCCUAGCAGUGCUACAUUUAGUAAUGACGGAAAGACCUUGUAUGUCGUUACAUCUGGGCAGAACAACCUGGCUGUCUCUGGUGGACAGGUAGUAGAGGUCAAGCUGUCAAGAUUUGAGUAA